GAAUUGGGCAACUGUACAUGAUAAGCAAGCACAGCCAUGAGCAGAGUGACCGAGGUGAAGGUGUGGAAGUGGUGCAGAAUGAACCCUAUGAAGAUCCAAACCAUGGCAAUGGUCAGCUAACAGAAAAACGGGUCUAUCUCAACAGCAAACUGCCUAGCUGGGCAAGAGCAGUUGUUCCCAAAAUAUUUUAUGUUACAGAGAAGGCUUGGAAUUAUUAUCCUUACACCAUCACAGAAUACACAUGUUCAUUUUUGCCUAAAUUCUCCAUUCAUAUAGAGACAAAAUAUGAGGACAACAAAGGAAGCAAUGACAGUAUUUUUGACAAAGAAGCUAAAGAUCUGGAGCGAGAAGUCUGCUUCAUUGAUAUUGCCAGCGAUGAAAUUCCAGAGCGCUAUUACAAAGAAUCCGAGGAUCCAAAAUAUUUCAAGUCGCAGAAGACUGGGAGAGGCCAAUUGAAAGAAGGCUGGAGAGAGACUCAUCAGCCAAUUAUGUGUUCCUACAAACUCGUGACUGUCAAAUUUGAGGUCUGGGGACUUCAAACCAGAGUAGAGCAAUUUGUACACAAGGUGGUCAGAGAUAUACUAUUGAUCGGGCACCGGCAGGCUUUUGCCUGGGUUGAUGAGUGGUACGAUAUGACUAUGGAUGAUGUUCGAGAAUACGAGAAAAAUAUGCAUGAAAAAACCAACAUUAAAGUUUGCAACCAGCAUUCAUCUACUGUGGAUGAAAUAGAGAGCCAUGCCAAAGCAAGAACAUGACAAUGGAUGAAGUCCGAGAGUUUGAACGAGCAACUCAGGAAGCUACCAACAAGAAGAUUGGGAUUUUCCCACCUGCAAUAUCUAUCUCUAACAUUUCCAUGCCUUCUUCAACUCGCAGUGCUCCAUCUAGUGCUCCAUCAACUCCUCUCUCCACAGAUGCUCCUGAAUUCCUAACAGUUCCCAAAGACCGGCCUCGGAAAAAGUCCGCUCCAGAAACUCUCACUCUUCCAGAUCCAGUGAAAAAAAACCUUUAAGUUAACCCAGCAUGUUUCCUCCUGAUAAGCCAUGUCUGCCACAGCAAGAGUGACAUAACUCAGUUUCUGCAAAGGUCAUGGUGGUUUGUUGGUUGUUUUUUGCUUAAAAUAAUCCUACUGGUGUGGAAAGAUUACUUAUUUCCUCAGGCUUGAUCCUUAAAACCUUC